AUGAUUACUUAUUAUUUAGUUCAACCCAAAGUAGAGGCUCCAACAUCGGUAAACGAGCAAUUAUGUAUGUUUGGUAAAGAUACUCAGAUUUCAUGGCAGUUCAAUGGCAUCGGGAAGCUACGUGUAACAUGGUUCUUCAAUGAUCAACCACUUCCAACUGACAAUCGCUUGCAAGUAACGGAGACUGAUGAUGGAACAUCGAUACUAACAAUUCGUCAAGUUGAACUUGGCGAUCAAGGUGUCUAUACUACUAGAGCAACCAAUGUUUUUGGUAUAGCUGACGCUCAGACAACAUUAAAGAUUGAUUGCAUCAAACUUGUCAUCAAUACUAAUCUCAAUAGUGCACUGAAAGUCACAAAAGGUGAAACCAUGGUACUAAAAAUCGUCGCCAGUGGAACACCAAAGCCUGACAUUGUCUGGAUGAAAGACGACAAUGAACUUACACCAAAUGAUCGCAUUCAAGUGACAACAUCGGAUGGUAACGAUGACAAAUACACAAUGGCUAUCUUGAAUGUACAACCAGGAGAUCAAGGUGAAUAUUCAGCCAAGAUUUUCAACGUUGGUGGAUCACUUGAAUCCAAUAAGUGCAAAGUCACUGUUUCGAGUGCUUCGACAAUGACUGGUGCUGGCAUAACAGAAGCAAACAGAGCGACACACGUCAGUCAGGUUCAAAACGAUCGAGCUGCAGCAGCCGCCAGCGCCGUAAACACUGAAUUCUUCUCCACCAACAAAAAGGUCAGACGAUAA